GGAACACACAUGUAAUGUACGAGAGUUCACUGGCUUAGGGUUGCUCAGCUGAUACCUCCAUCCGUCCAUCGGCACAUAGAGAUGGGAGCGAGAGAGAAGGACAGAGAGCUCGAACGCCUUAUACCCUUGUCGAUUGGAGGCGUAUCAAACGACGACAAUGUUGCCUCCAAAUCCUCAUUUCCCGCUGAUUCACCGAAUGCCUCCACCUCCGCCUCCGCCACCUUUAAGAAGGAGGCGUUCCGUAUUGCUGUUCGUGGUUGGGCAUGGAAAAAGUUUAUGACAGGAUGUGUUAUCUUAUCUCCCUUGAUCAUCACAUUCUAUAUUACAUGGUGGUUCAUUCAUUUCGUGGAUGGAAUCUUCUCACCCAUCUAUGAUCAUCUGGGCAUCAAUAUAUUUGGUCUUGGAUUUGUAACAUCACUUAUUUUCAUUUUCCUGGUUGGAGUGUUCAUGUCCUCAUGGGUGGGCACCUCACUUCUUGCACUGGGAGAAUGGUUCAUUAUAAAGAUGCCCCUUAUGAGCUAUAUAUAUGCUGCCUCAAAACAAAUUAGUGCAGCUAUUUCUCCAGAUCAGUCAUCUAAAGCCUUCAAGGAAGUGGCUAUUAUAAGGCAUCCCCAUAUUGGGGAGUAUGCAUUCGGUUUUAUUACAUCAUCUAUCAUUCUCCGUAAAAGUACAGGUUCAGAGGAGCUUUGUUGUGUAUAUGUCCCCACCAACCACCUUUAUCUUGGAGAUAUCCUUCUUAUCAAUUCAAAGGAUGUUUUGAGGCCUAACCUUUCUGUGAGAGAGGGCAUAGAAAUUGUCAUAUCUGGAGGAAUGUCUAUACCAAAGCUAUUGACUACUAUAGAUUCAGAAUUUAAUUUGUAAUCUCCACAAAGAGAAGCUCAAUGGGGAUUUUUGAACUUUUGUAGGCUAGAACUACCCCGGUCGCUCUAUUUAGAUUAGAUUUAGAUUACAGAGACCGCCCUGAUGCAUCUCAAGUUGUGUAGAAGAAAGGCCCUUGAUCUGACAAUGUGGAUAUCAUAGAGACAUAUUUGUCUCUCUCUCUCUCUCUCUCUAUCGAACCACUGUAGAAUGCUAAAGCAUAGUUGAAAGGUUCCCAGUUGA